GCAGCAGCGUCGACUUUGCCUUCAGGAUGAAAUGCAACGACUCACGGUGUCAGCAGCGGUCAUGUCCAACUUUAUCCUGGGUAUAGAUGUGGGAACUACUUCGGUAAAAACCGUUUUAUUUGCAUCUGACUCCAGAACUGUGGCUGCGAGUCACACUUUACCCACUGCUGCCGAUAGAAGCGACGAUGGGAGGCUAAAGGCGAAAGAGCAGGACACAGGUCGGAUAAUAGACGCUCUGAACCGGUGCGUCCUCCAGCUGCCAGCAGACAAACUGCAGCAUGUCAGCCGGAUCGGGCUGUCCGGGCAGAUGCACGGGGUUAUUUUCUGGAAAGCAGGCAGUGGUUGCGACUGGUCCAGCAGGGACUUCUUCACACCCAGAGACACCAGUCAGCUGAUCACAUGGCAGGAUGGACGCUGCAGCAGUGAUUUCUUGUCCUCACUUCCCAAACCAGAGUCACAUCUCAGCGUUGCCACGGGGUUUGGCUGUGCAACGAUCUUCUGGUACAUGAAACACAGACCUGAGUUCCUUGAUGACUUCACAGUCGCAGGAACCAUCCAGGACUACGUGGUGUCCAUGCUGUGUGGUUUGGACAGGUGUGUGAUGACGCCACAGAAUGCAGCCAGCUGGGGCUUCUUCAACACUUCAACCAGUCACUGGAAUGAAAACAUUCUGAAAGCUGCCAGCUUCCCUUUGCACCUGCUUCCUCAGUGUGUGCCAUCUGGUGGUCUGGCGGGAAAGACACGCUCAGCCUGGCAUGGCAUUCCUGCCGGUACGCCAGUAGGGGCCGCCCUGGGAGACUUCCAGUGCUCUGUCUACUCCUGCAUGAGUGCACCAACAGAUGCAGUUCUCAACAUAAGCACCUCAGCCCAGCUGACCUUCGCCAUGCCAGCUGACUUCAGACCUCAAGAUUUUCCUCAGCCAGACUCGCCCAUCUCCUACUUCCCAUACUUUGACUCUUCAUACUUGGCCGUAGCAGCGUCGCUCAAUGGAGGAAACAUUCUGGCCACUUUUGUGGACAUGUUGACUGCCUGGAUGAGAGAGCUUGGUGUGGAGCUGAGCAACUCGGGUUUGUAUGAAAAGUUGAUUCAUUGCGCCCUGAACCAGGAAACCAGUGACCUGAUGGUGAGUCCUACCCUCCUGGGAGAGAGACACAGCCCCCUCUGCCUGGGUCAGGUGACCAACAUCUCCACCUCCAAUCUCUCCCUGGGUCAUGUGAUCAGAGGACUUUGUCGUGGAGUCCUGACCAACAUCACCUCCAUGAUGCCUGCAGAGACUCUGCAGCAGGCGGGGGUCCGCAGGAUCGUGGGCAGUGGGAGUGCACUCAAUCGCAACGAGGUGUUGAAGCAGGAAGUGGAGAAGGCGUUUCCUCUGCAGGUUGUUUAUGGACAGAACGCGGACUCCGCUGUCGGUGUUGCCAUGGUCCUGUGUGAUCGGCUUUAAAAAAAAAAGAGUCCUAAUCCAAGUGGUGGGGGUGUUUCUGUAUGUUUACAUGAUUAAAUGAUAUGUCUGCAUGAUUAACUGAGAGUUUUGCACAAUUUAAAAUAUAUUUUGUUAAAUGGUUUUAAUAUCUUUUUAUCUUUGAGAUUCUUUCAAAAGACAAAUCCAAUGUAUGAAAGUUAGUAGGAGGAGGAAAAGGAGGAAGAGACUGAGGCUUUUAACUGUUCAGCGUAAUGGCUCAGAUGAACUGCUGACUCCAACAAAUCCCUGACUGAAGAGUUCAGGAAAUCUCUGGCUCCAUUAUUCCUUUUUGACAAUGUGUUUGUCUGUGUAAUAUUAUUCUCAGUUUUAAUGAAGAAAGAGUGUGUGAGAGCCGUUAUUUUCCAAAGGCAUUGAUGGUUCGUUUAGAGGAAUGUUCAGGGCCACAGAAAUAUGUUAGAAUGUUGUAAAAUACUGAAGAAACUACAUAAUUUCACUUAGAUUAGCAGCCUUGUGUUACUACCGCUCUGGAUUACUGAUUGUCCACACCCUUUCCAGCCAGUCAUCACCGGUAUACUAAUCCUCUACACCUGUAUCCAAUCUCCUCACCUGGCUAUGUAUACUCCAGCGCCACAUUCAUUCCCUGUCAGACGUUGUUGCGUCACACUUGGACUAUUCCUCAUGUCAACUCCACCGUUUGUCUUCCAGUAGUAAGAUCCUUCCACGUUUCAUUAUCUGUUCAAUAAAGAUUUGUUAAGCAUUA